CAUGUAGUCCGUAGCUAGACUUUCGUCGAAAUAGGCAUUUUACCCGAAAUCCCGUUACUAAAUGUUUUUUAGUAAAUUUAAAUAUAUUACUAGCAAAUCUGUUUCAUGGAUGAAAAAGAGUAAAAUUGUUUGAUGCACCUCCCGGGGACUUCGCAAAAUCUUUAUUCUUUUAACAUUGUUUUUUAUUUAAAAAUUUAAAACCGCCCACGCUAUUAAUACUGAAUUUUUACUUAAUAGUGCAAAUAGGGCCCAUUCCGAUAACUGUUAUCGACUAUAUAUAAUGUUCUAAUAUUCAAAAUUUGACCGUUUCUGUCCUGGUUGUCCGUUAGAAAAUGCAUCGUCGUUGUAUAAUCUGUGGCCAGGAGCCGGGAGAUCUCUGCGUCUACCCACGCAACAUGACGGAAGCUCGCCGGUGGCAGAACUUGGCCAAUCUCAGCACCUUCGAUGUGGAUACGGAAUCGCUGUGUCGACACGGCUGCGUUUGCGCUUCCCAUUUGGAUGUGGUGCAGGAAUCCACUUCCGACUCGGAGUGCUUGUCUGGUGCUGCUAAGGAGUCAAGGAAUAAGUCCGGGCUGAAGCACCAGGACACCCCAAACCGGCUCUGCAGUGUCAAGUGGAGCUCUUCGGGAUCGGGUCCUGGGCCGCGGGACCUUCUUUACGGCCAUAGCUACCCAACCAAUAUCAAGGCCAUCGAGGAGAUGCAUAAUCAAAGUAAACAGAGUAUCGGUUCGGGGAGGCAGGAAACCAGCAACGUUAAUAGAUGCAAAAAUGGUUGCUGCCGUUUUCGUGGUGCUUGCAACAGCAGGUUUCAGGGUAAUCCAUAUACCUACACCCAAAUGGGUCAGAAUUCCGCUAAUUCCGCUUUCGAUGGCAAAACGGAACCUCCUGUUAAUGUAAAGCAGAGGGUAAAUGAAUAUCAAUCGCCUCAAGGAGCCGCAUGUUGCACGUGUACAUGCUGUCCAAUUAUUAGAAACACGAGUACCAGGCACUCUGCAGAAGGUUGUCCUUCUUUAUGCUGUCCACUGCUAAGAAACAACAAAACCAGACCUCCCGAAGAUGGCUCCUGUAAAGAAUGCCCGCUGUUACGCCAUUUUGGGAGCCAACAAAGUAUAAAAAGAGCCCAUAAGAAGGAGAAUGGUAACGCGGAAAGACUUAGAUCCUGUUGUCCCGCUGUAAGGAAACAAAGAUCAGAGGAUUUAAAGUCUACGGGAGACGAUUUUCAAAGUUUGUCCAGCACCGUUAACCACAAGGCUUCGCAAUCGUGGCGGAGUAACGACAGCUCCAAACUCACUAUGAACCAGCAAAACAGGAUUAAAAAGCCGGAGCUGAAGUCCCAAUGCUGCCAGGCUUGCAUCAACUGUCGUUUAAAGGACCAGGAGGUGCAGGUCUCAAGUGAGGCUCUGCAAUCCCAGAGUUCCACCCCUGUUAAAAGACCCAAGACGACAACUUCGUUCAGCUACCAAACAGCAAGUUUAUCCACAGGUUUCUCUGCCGGAUAUGGCACUAAUUCAAGUAACGUUGUCUAUGGCGCCGAGCGAAAAUUUUCGAAUGCCAUUAAUGUGUUGCUUAUGAAUGGAUCCAGUAAAAACGACUACGAUGAUCCGUGCUGCUGUCCAGCCAAGUCCUUAGCCCCGCCUCCAGAGAUCUGCGUGCAAGAGUCGGAUCUGACUGAGUGUAACGAACGAGCUGCGUUUCCCGAAAUCGACAGGCCCAACUACCGAGUUUGUCAGCCUGCCACCUCCGAUCAAAACGAGACCAACGUCCUUGUCCUCGAAGAAGGUCUAGUGGAUGAGUGUAGCCCCAUAGCCACGGAAAACGAAGCCAAGCAGAAUAGGAAUGAAGUCCAGUUAAAUCCUAACCAGAUCCAGAGCGAAGAAGGACAACACGAUUUCCCGGCCACAGACAACUACACUAAGGUCCUGGAGCUGCAGAGAGUUCGCAUCAAGGAGCUGGAGAAUCUGCUGCAGCAGCACAACCUGCUGCAGCAGACCAUCCAGCACAAGGUGGCCGAGCUCCACUGCACGGACAAGCAGGUCCCUAAGGAUGAAACCGAAAUUUAAAGUAAUAAACCGGAAUUACACGCUUGCGAA